AUGCCACGGAAACACAGCGGAGAUGAAGGCGCCACCGGGCUCUGGAUGAGGACCUCGGCGGGGCACCACCGCGCCGAAGGCUACGGCAUGAAAGAUGUCGAAUCCGGACGAAAGAUGAUGAACAGUGCAGGAGACGGCUUGCUGUCAACCUCCAACGCCGUCGGCGCUGUUGGGUCCGAAAGCCUGCGAGGGAAGCAAGGAGCCCGGCUCAGCUUGCUCGGCAAGCCGCUCAUAUACAGCGCGCAAAGCGGUCGCAGGAAUGUGCGCUACCGGCGGCUCCAAAACUACCUGUACAACGUUUUAGAGAGACCGAGAGCCUGGGCCUUCAUCUACCAUGCCUUUGUGUUCAUCUUGGUCUUCAGCUGCCUGGUCCUCUCAGUCUUCUCUACUAUUCCAACUCACCAGGAUUUCUCCUCUUAUUGUCUGCUUAUUUUGGAGUUUGUCAUGAUUGUGGUGUUUGGCUUGGAGUACAUCAUCCGCAUCUGGUCAGCAGGAUGCUGCUGUCGCUAUAGAGGAUGGCAGGGACGACUCCGCUUUGCCAGAAAGCCUUUCUGUGUCAUUGAUAUCAUAGUGCUGAUUGCAUCAGUUGCUGUGGUGUCGGCAGGUAGCCAGGGCAACAUCUUUGCCACUUCGGUCCUGCGUAGCCUUCGUUUCCUACAGAUCCUACGCAUGGUGCGGAUGGACCGAAGAGGGGGCACAUGGAAGCUGCUAGGUUCUGUGGUCUACGCACACAGCAAGGAGCUGGUUACUGCUUGGUACAUUGGUUUCUUGGUUCUCAUCUUCUCUUCAUUCCUUGUCUACCUUGUGGAGAAUAAAUUCAAUAACGAUUUUGCCACAUAUGCUGAUGCCUUAUGGUGGGGCACGAUCACCCUGACAACCAUUGGCUACGGGGAUAAGACACCAAAGACAUGGACAGGAAGGAUGUUGUCUGCAGGUUUUGCACUGUUGGGGAUCUCUUUCUUUGCCUUACCUGCAGGUAUUCUGGGCUCAGGUUUUGCUUUGAAGGUCCAAGAGCAGCACAGACAGAAGCACUUUGAAAAGAGAAGAAACCCUGCAGCCUACCUCAUCCAGUGUGUUUGGCGUAGUUACGCAGCUGAUGAACACUCGGUUUCCAUUGCUACCUGGAAGCCUCACUUGAAGGCGUUGCAUACCUGCAGCCCUACAAAAAAAGAACAAGGAGAACCAACAACAAGCCAGAAACUCAGCUUCAAGGAGCGUGUGAGGAUGGCUAGCCCGAGAGGUCAGAGCAUAAAGAACAGGCAAACAUCCUCAGUGAAUGACCGUCGUUCUCCAGUAGCAGAGGCUGGUACAGAGGCCACCAGCCCUGCCAAGGUACAAAAGAGCUGGAGUUUCAAUGACCGCACCCGUUUUCGACCCUCACUGCGCCUUAAAAGCCAGUCGCGGUCCACCACUGAUGAUUCUAACAUGGCAGGAGAGGAUGGUUUUGAUGAGAAGGGUUGUCAUUGUGAGAUCUCAGUGGAGGACUUACUGCCUUCUGUUAAGUGUGCCAUCAGAGCGAUAAGAAUAAUGAAGUUUCAUGUCGCAAAGAAGAAAUUCAAGGAGACCCUGCGUCCAUAUGAUGUGAAAGAUGUAAUUGAGCAGUACUCUGCAGGUCAUUUGGACAUGUUGUGCCGCAUAAAGAGUCUACAAACCAGACUGGACAUGAUUGUAGGCCCACAGCCCCUGAGCACCCGUGCCAAGACUUUUUCCUCCCCCUCCUUGCCUCUCUAUUACAGCCAGGGCCGAAAGAACUCCACCCAAGGGGUGGACCAAAUCCUUGGGAAGGGACAGAUCCCUCUGGACAAGAAGAUCCGUGAGAAGUUGUUGUCUGAUGGAGAUCUGCUGGAGGACAUGAGCAUGCUGGGGCGUGUUUGUAAAGUGGAACGCCAGGUCCAGUCAAUUGAGUCAAAGCUCGACUCAUUGCUCGACAUCUAUCGGCAGGUUCUGCGGAAGGGCUCAUCCACAGCUCUCACGCUCUCAUCUUUGCCACUGUUUGAGCUGGAACAAACUUCUGACUACCAGUCCUCUGUAUUCAGCAAGGAUCUGUCCUUCCCCGGCCAGGUCAACAGUAACGCUCCUGGCGGUUGUGUCACAGGCUCCUCGACUAAUCCCCACUUGUCCCAGGGAGGACUUCAUCUCAUCCUGGCAACCCAAAAUGAUCUUGACCUCAAUCCCUCCAGCACUACUCCACCCUCUGGCCCUGCGUCCUCAUCUUUUAGCCCAUCGCCAUUGCCACAUUACCACCACCAUCACCACCAUUGUCAUGCCCAACAUCACACCCAGGAUCAGUCCACCACACCAGAAAGUGGCAAUGAUGAAACAGUGGGGAGUUCUCCUCCCAUUCUCACACCAAACAGUAUCUGCACUGGUUUGGGUGGAGGAACGGCGGAUGGAGGAUUUUGUCUUCUGGCAACGCUCUCGCCUCCACCUCCUCCAAACAGGAAUGUAGGUCUUAGCAAUUUGAUGCGAGCAUCCUCCAUUGAAAAUUCCCCUGAAAUUGAAAACUUGAGUGGAAGUGUAGGAUUGCAAAUACAGGGCGGCUACAUUGGGGAGGAGGUUGGCCCAGAUUUGGGGUUCGGCACACUGGGAAAACACCAACGGGGUAGCGCCAACAACAAGGGCAGACUAAACGCCAAGGAGGAGGGCUCCUGGAGGAGACAUACGAGUCUUGAGCUGGAACCCCUGGUGCCCACAACCAUAAGCUGCUGCUCAGGUCCCAGUCAGGUAGAUCACAGUCUGGGAAAAUCGAUGUCAGUGCAGGACUUGAUGCAGGCAGCCCAUGGAAAAAUGCAAGGCAGCCACUGCAUAAUUUCACCCCCAACCCGCAGUAGGAACACUUCCACUGGCUUCCAAAGAAGUUGCCAAGACCUAGGCGCAGGACUAACUGACAAAGGUGGUUGGGGGGAAGAAGACCUUUUUAUCAAUGACGCGGAAGUAGAGAUGCAGGGAUUUGAUUUCCUGUCACAUGGGACAGUUAAGACGCCCUCAUAUUCCUCAGAACUGUUGAGAACAGAGGCGAUGGCAAGUGGGGUACCACGGGGGUCCAACCAUGGCCUGACCACUGCUCAUUCAUCCGCCCCUUCUGUUAGCAGCACUGAAUUACUGAAAAUGCAGCGUGUACGAUUAAAAUAGACUGGGGUGUAUGUUCAGAGAGCAUGGAAAUUUCACCUCAUAAAAGGACAGCUUUUUAUCAUUUUUGAAAGAGUGUGAAGGUUGAAUGAAAUUGGGUCCUUUUUUUAUUUUGUUGCUAUGAGUUGAUAAUCACAGUAUUUUCACACUGAUCAUGAGACAGAGAUAAUAUUUUACUGUUCAAUGCAUGAAGUAGACAUGUUUCAUUAAAAACUUUAGGCAUUUAGUUAAUCAGUGGCCUAGUGGUAGAGUGUCCGCCCUGAGACUGGAAGGUUGUGGGUUCAAACCCCGGCCGGGUCAUACCAAAGACUAUAAAAAUGGGACCCUUUGCCUCCCUGCUUGGCACUCAGCAUUAAGGGGUGCGAAUUGGGGGGUUAGAUCGCCAAAUGAUUCCCGAGCGCGGCACCGCUUCUGCUCACUGCUCCCCUCUCCCCCAGGGGAUGGAUCAAAAUCACACGGGGAUGGGUUAAAUGCAGAGGACGAAUUUCACCACACCCAGAUGUGUGUGUGACGAUCAUUGGGACUUUAAUAUACCAGUACCUAUUGAAUAUCAAAGAGCAAGACAGUUUGCGGUACAUUCCAAAAAAUUAAGUGUGAGCUCUGAUCGUAGGCAAAUUACUUUAUGAUUUAUCAUUCUGGUCAUUUCUAUCAUAUCAUUCAAAAAUAUACAGUAUACUUUUUAAUGAUCAUGUCCCUAUUGCAAUACAGAAUGCCUCCUGUGUAAUUAAGAUGUCACGACAAGACCAUUGUGCGAGUCUUUCAACUGUAUUUUAAAGGCAUCAUGUACAAUGGUAAAGAUCUUUUAAUAUUGAAUCUGCAAAUAAGUUUGCCCUUGGGUUGUUAACGUUUCGGCUACCAUGACCAAACUGGCAAAAUGUUGUUAGUCAGUGUUCUCAAAGUGUGUACAAAGAAGUCUAAAUCCAACAUUCUGUUGUACAGAGUUGGCUUUUAGAUUGCAACAAUUUUACAAGUUUCUUGGUUUACUUUAGAAGAUAAAAAUCGUGUGCUUGUUAAGUAACUGUAGGCUUGAUUUAUGGUAAUUUCAAAUUACACGAUUGUGGAAUGUACAAUUCAAUUAAUGCUGCAAUGCUCAUGUCAUUAAAAUGCAAGUUGCUGCCUCAAAAUGGCAUUAAAAUUA